AUGGCGUUUAAUAGACGACUCACUCUCAGAGACUCCCGGUGGGCGCUGUCAGUGUUUGAGGAGGACCAGGGUCCUCGGAGAAUCGGAAGACUGUUGUCGUUACAGGAAUUACUGACACUGGAGGACGUGGCUGUGGACUUCUCCCGGGAGGAGUGGCAGCUCCUGGCCCCCGCCCAGAAGGACCUGUACCGGGAUGUGAUGUUGGAGAACUACAGGAACCUGGUGUCAGUGGGGUGUCAAGCUACCAAACGAGAUGCACUCUCUGUGUUGGAACACAGAGACGAAGCAUGGAUGAAAGCAGAGGAUGAAAUCCAGGGUAGAACCCGUGCAGGAAUUGGGAAGGUUGACAGUCAUCUGCAAGAGCACUCUCAAAACCACAGAUUUCUGAAGAGCCUUCAACAAUAUGGAGAACAGAGCGCAUUUAGAAAUGCUGUUCACCUGAGCAAAAUACAUUUUGCCUUAACGCAGAAUCAUGUGUUUGACUUAUGUAGAAAAGCUUUGAAAUCAAGUUUAAGUUUAGUUAACCAGAAGAGAAGAUAUGAAAUAGAGAAAGCCGAUGACUUUAAUGGAGACGAGAAAUCUUUUCUACGUGGUAAUCAUGAAUGUUUGUAUACUGGAAUUGAAUUCCCUGAAUGUGCGAAACACAUCAGCACCAAAUUCCAAGUCUUUAAGCAUCAGAGGACUCCUAACACGGAGAACUCCCAGGCAUGCAUCGAAGGUGAGAAAACGUGCAUCAGGAAGUCCCGGCUCCUUUACCGUGAGGGCGGUCACAGAGGAGAGAAGCCCCACGGGUAUGAUCCGUGUGGGAGAUCCUUCUCCAGAAAUGUCAUGUUCACUAAGCAUCAGAAAACUGCACCAGACAGAGUCUGUAUAGCCAACGACUGCAGAAGAGGCGCUAGUGCGAAGAGCAGCCUCGCUGUGCCUCGGCAAACCCAUACGGCAGAGAAGUCCUACACGUGUGGUGAGUGUGGAAAAGGCUUCACCAUGAAGCGCUAUCUGAUCGCACAUCAGCGAACUCACAGUGGAGAGAAACCUUAUGUCUGUGACGAAUGUGGAAAAGGCUUCACCGUGAAGAGCAACCUCAUUGUGCAUCAGCGAACUCACACAGGGGAGAAACCCUACGUAUGCACCGAAUGUGGAAAAGGCUUCACCAUGAAGCGUUAUCUGGUUGUACAUCAGCGAACUCAUACCGGAGAGAAACCCUAUAUAUGCGGCGAAUGUGGAAAAGGCUUCACUGUGAAGAGUAAUCUCAUUGUGCAUCAGCGAUCUCAUACUGGGGAAAAAUCUUACAUGUGCUCUGAAUGUGGAAAAGGCUUCACCACAAAGCGCACCCUCGUUAUACAUCAGCGAACUCACACAGGAGAGAAAUCUUACCUAUGUAAUGAAUGUGGAAAAGGCUUCACCACAAAGCGCACCCUUAUUAUACAUCAGCGAACUCAUACAGGUGAGAAACCCUAUGAAUGCAGGGAGUGUGGUAAAGCCUUUAGCCAGAAGAUCUGCCUCAUACAACAUGAGAGAUGUCAUACAGGAAAGACUCCCUUUGUGUGUACCGAGUGUGGCAAAUCCUAUUCUCACAAAUACGGUCUCAUUACGCAUCAGAGAAUUCACACGGGGGAGAAACCCUAUGAGUGCAGUGAAUGUGGGAAAGCAUUCACCACAAAGUCAGUACUCAACGUCCAUCAAAGAACUCACACAGGAGAGCGACCCUAUGGAUGCAGCGAUUGUGAGAAAGCCUUCUCCCACUUGUCAAACCUUGUUAAACAUAAGAAAAUGCACACGAGAGAAACGGGUAGAUUCAGUCAGGUUGGAAAUUCCUUUAACACAGAGUCGCGGCUCAUUAUAACGAGUGAACUCGUGCAAAACAAAAGCCCUUUGAAUGUGAUGCCUUCUGUGGCAACCAAGACUUCGUUAAACAUCACUGUUUCCGGCAGAUUGGAAUGUCAUUGUGUCCCUGCCUGUUGUCAUAUGUGUGCCCUGAGGAGAUUAAAGAACUUGUCCAGGAGGUAA